AUGCGAGAGUUCCCCGACGGGUGCACGAAAGGAUUCAAAUAUUGUGCGAAUAAGCCGUAUCCAGAGGAAGAACAUGAUUUGCGCUCAAAGCGACAUGUGCUCAGCAAUGGCAGAAGUAAGACGUGCCGCUUGCCUUCGGAUGCUUCCGAGGUCGCGGAUGCUGUGAAGGACACAGAGCUUCUUCGGAACACACUGCGCAACUUAGCUUUUUUCGAGACCUUCGAUGAUGACGCACUUCACUGCCUGAUCGAGGCCAUGGAAGUCUACGAGUUCCAGCACAGCGAGAAGGUCGUACGUCAGGGAGACACAGAUGGAACUCAUUUCUUCGUGGUCGCUCAGGGUGAGUUUUGUGUCCUCAAAGACAACAACCCUCAUUGUUACAUCGGGCCGGGGACAUCCUUUGGUGAGAGCGUUCUCCUGCUCUUCGGGGAACGGAAUGCGACGGUGUGUGCGAGAGGAUGUGCUCGAGCUUACGGCAUGGAGGGCAUGCAGGUGCGGGAGUUGCUCAGCAAGCAAUACGAGCAAAUGCGCCGUUCAGUCGUUGAGGCCACAGACGAGGUCUUGAAAUCCAAGCUUUGUGAAAUAUUGUCUGGCCUCAAUGGCUACGAACUGCAGAGCCUGUAUGAUCAGGUUGAGAUGAGAAGCUUUGACGAGGGAGAUACCAUUCUCAGCGAAGGAGAUUCUCCGAAGGAGGUCCUGAUCCUUUACAGUGGCCAAGUGGAGUCGUGGAAAGAUGCACAAGAUGCGGAAGCCGUUCCAAGGUUUCAUCUUAUUGGAGACUAUGCUCUUCCCUUCAAGGAUGAGGUUGUCUUCGAGCAACCGACAAACUUGAAAGCAGCAACUCCUGUCGAGGUGCUGGUGCUGAAGCGCAGCUUGCUGGACAACAUCUUCGGGGACCAACUGCAGCAGGUUCUUGUGAAGCACAGAGUGCUGCACGUGCUGGCAAAGCACCAGGAUUUCUCCCGCCUUCAUCAAGAGCAUCGAGAAGCCAUCGCCGGAUCUUGCCAGAUUCGCUGUCUUGCUGAAGGUUCGGUGCAAAGCUGGGAGGACGUGCGCAUGAUUGUGGCAUUAAACGGCGAAAUUGAAUUGAGGUUGGAAACUGGCCUACAGCAUUUACUCGGCUCCGCGUCUGAUUUGUUCGCUAUUCCGUACGAGCAACAGAAAACAUCAUUGCAGCUCAAAGCACUUGGAGAUUCCAAGCUGGCCGUUUGGCAACGAGAGGACUUGGGCAGCAUCCUUGCCUUUGAUGAUUUCGAUGGAGCGCUAGAGCAAGACAACAAGGUGCGAAGCCUUCGGUCAGUGUUCAUUUUUGCGACGCUCUCCAAGCAGCAGCUCCAACGUCUUGCAAAUGCGCUCCAGAUUCAGAUUGUGCGGAGCGGCAAGAGGGUCUUCUCUCAGGGUGACCAAGGAACGCAUUUCUACAUCAUCCGCAAGGGGGCAGUCAGCGUAGAGAUUGAUGGGCGCAUGAAACGGCGGCUCGGGGAUCCAGACUACUUCGGUGAGCGAGCGCUCUUGGGAAGUGAGAUUCGCAGCGCGAGCAUCACAGCACUGGAGGACACGGAGCUUUGGAAAAUGGGGAAGGAAACUUUUCAAGAAAUGAUGCAGGGCCCGUGCUUGGACUACCUGAAAGAUCGCAUUUCACUGCAGGAUACCAACCUGACCUUUCGAGAUCUCGAGUUCGUGCGCGUGAUUGGCCGCGGUGGCUUUGGUGUGGUCAAGAUGGUGAGGGCGAAAAAGACUGGAGUCAGGUAUGCCCUGAAGUGUGUCCGCAAGCGUGACGUCGUGGAAAAGAACGUGCAAGAUGCACUGGUCUCUGAGCUUAGCAUUUUGAAAGAGGUGGAUCACCCUUUCAUCAUCAAGUUUGUAAGAUCAUUUCGAAACGAGUCUCGGGUGUACUUCUUAAUGGAGCUGGUAAGCGGUGGUGAGCUCCUUGAUGCUCUGGAUGCCUUGGGGCUGCUGAAGUACUCGCAGGCUCUUUUCUACACUGGUUGCAUAGUUCUGGCACUGGAGUUUCUGCAUUCACGCCGCAUAGCCUACCUUGAUCUGAAGAGCGAGAACUGCUUGAUCGACCAACAGGGCUACCUCAAGAUGAUCGACUUCGGCAUAGCCAGGCGCAUCACCAACACAAGGUAUGGGCCUCUCAAGGGCACUCCGAUGUUCAUGGCUCCUGAAAUGAUUCUUGGCAAGGGCCACACGACUGUGGCCGAUCUCUGGAGUCUGGGCAUUUGCCUGUACGAAUUUGUCAUCGGCCACUUCCCGUUUGCAAGCAACUGUUCAAAUCAUGGCCAGAUUUUCCAUCAAAUCCUGAGAGCUGAGCUGCGCUUUCCCGAAUGGUUUGACAAGCAGCCAAUGGCAGAUGAAAUUAUCAGUUUGAUACGAGGCCUUCUUACUCGUGACCCGAAGAAACGGUUGGGUGCUGGUCACGAAGGAUAUACAAAACUCAAGGCACAUCCGUUCUUCAAGCACUUGUGCUGGGAAAAGCUUUUGGGUCGUGAGCAAGAGCCUCCAUUUGCUCCAACGAGUGAAACGUAUGCGGAGGAUAAAGAGAGAUCCGCAGGUUUGCAAGCAGUGGGAGACAGUUUGCCCACUGUGGAAGAGGAGGAGGCACGCUGCGCAGCGUCCGAAGACCCCUGGGAGGAUCCUGCACCAGGUUGGGAUGCAGACUUCUGA